UCGAUAUCUUAUUGCGUGUUGCUAUUUUUAAAUAGUGACAUGACAGCUCGCGCACAGAGUGAGAAGAUAUGAGAAUACUAUGAAGGCUUGAAAUUCUAUCUAAGAACGACUAUGGCCAACCAUAGCUUUUGCGUUCUUCUUUGCAGGGACUACUAGCUUACCCAAAGCCGUCCGAAUCGUUUUUUUUUUUUUCUUUUUUUUUUUCAAAAACUGACCCCCUCCCCGACCUUAUCUACCCGGACCCCUUGGGGGAAAGGGGUCUAAGUCUGUUGUCAUAGUAACUAACCGGGUCUCAGAAUUUUCAAGAUGGCCUCUCGCAGUGAAAGUCAGGAGAGCGGCGUGAACGAAGAUUUGGACGCUGAAAAUGUCGUUAAAGUGGACGAACCUGUGGGUAACUUGUCUAAAUACUAUGCUCUACCACCUGGAUAUUCUGGAACGCCGAAAAAGGGACAUCUGAUGUUCGAUGCGUGUUUUGAAAGUGGAAAUCUCGGCAGAGUUGACUAUAUCACCGAAUUCGAGUAUGAUUUGUUUAUUCGUCCGGACACCUGCAAUCCUCGCUUCCGAGUUUGGUUUAAUUUCAUAGUGGAGAACACAGCGCCUUAUCAACGUGUCAUAUUCAACAUCGUGAACUUCAGCAAGACGAAAAGCUUAUAUCGCGAGGGGAUGACUCCACUGGUGAAAUCUACCAGUCGAACAAAAUGGCAAAGAAUUCCAGCUAAGAACUGCUUUUACUAUCGCUGCCCUGAUCACAGAAAAAACUAUGUCCUAUCGUUUGCGUUUGCCUUCGAUAAUGACACCGAUGUUUAUCAGUUCGCUUACUGUUUCCCUUACACGUAUUCGCGUCUGGAAAACUUCCUUGAUGAACUGGAUAAAAGAAACUUGGAAUGUUACAAGCGGGAGUUGCUUUGUUUGACUGUGCAACAACGGAGAGUUGAAUUGCUAACAAUCACUUCACCGGAAAACAUGAAAGAUGAUCUCAAAAAGAGGGUUAUAUUUAUAACUGCUAGAAUUCACCCAGGUGAAAGUCCAUCAUCUUAUGUCUGUCAAGGUGCGAUUGACUUCCUUGUGAGCAGCCAUCCAGUAGCCAGAGUUUUGCGAGACUAUCUGGUGUUCAAAGUAGUGCCCAUGUUAAACCCAGACGGUGUUGUUCUCGGCAACUACCGUUGCUCUCUGAUGGGUUUUGACUUGAAUCGACACUGGCAAGAACCAUCGCCUUGGGCCCAUCCAACUCUUGUAGCCUGUAAGAAUCUUUUGAUGCAACUCGACGAAGAUGCAAACGUUCACCUUGACUUCUACAUCGACAUCCAUGCGCAUUCCACCAUGAUGAACGGCUUCAUGUAUGGCAAUAUUUACGACGAGGAGGAGAGGUUUGAACGGCAGGCUGUGUAUCCGAGGCUUCUAUGCGCUAAUGCAGAAGAUUUCUCCUUGUCUAACACGUCGUUCAACAAAGAUGCUGUCAAAGCUGGCACAGGGCGUCGUUUCCUUGGGAGCUGUCUCAACCCAAAGACACAUUGCUACACGCUAGAAGUGUCAUUCUUCAGCUACAACACAGCAGUUUCCCAAGGAAUGUCACCUUACACUGAAGAAGGCUACUUCAAACUUGGCCGCAAUGUGGCGCGGACGUUCCUCGACUACUACAAGCUAAAUUCGCUGGUGUUGCCCAUAAAAAAGAACACAUCAAAAUCUUCACCUCAGAAAAAGGAUUUGAAUGGAGAUGGGAAACAACGUUUGUCUGGCAGAAGUGACUAUAGUGGAAGGCAGUAAAAACAGUGAUGUCGAGGACGAUGUCUCCAUAUGUACAUAUAUUUCAGUUUUAAUAACCGAACUCCAAAUUUUAUGGACUGAUGACAAUUCGGAGCACAAAUUUAAACUGAAUGUCUGAAUUGUCUCCAUUUAGAAUAAAAAAUAGCCAUCACAAAUUUAAUUUAUUGCAUGUAUUUAUAGGUGACGAACAGAAAAGUUGAUUUUAGAAAACUAUUUAUCAGUCGUUUUUUAGCAUUUUUUUUUUUCUUGUACGUAAUAUUCAGUAUGUUAAUUCCGUCGGGGGUGUUAAUUUCAAGGUUUGAAAGCAGUGCUGGUCAGUUAAGAUCUAGAAUUCACUUCAUUGUGAAUUUCCUUGUUUUAUGUAAACGUAUAUUUUACUUGUGCAGGUAGCACUUUAACUUUACGGAUAAGACGAUCAUCUGAACUGAGAUAUCUUCGUUUAUUUAUUUUAGAGACAAAAUUCAAGUAGUAACUAUAAAUGUAUGUGAAAACAGAGUUAAAGUGUAUUUCUUUGUUGUGUAUUUUUCGGGACUUAAAAGUUGCGAAAUUUGUACAAUAAGUCUGCAUGAUAGAUUAACGAUGUCAACAGAGUAGAUAUGUGUGAUGUUUGUAACUUAUUUUCAGUAAAACACCCUAAGCUGGUGUGCUAAAUUAAAUCGUGGUCCUGCUAGUUGCCUCGCAUCUAAUCUACUACCAGGCGUUUAUAACAGGGGACAUGAUCACUAGCUACGUAAGAGAUAAGAUAAGAUAACUUUAUUUAUACACGGUUUUUCCAUCAGUCAACAAAGUUACUGGACUAUCUACCUAUCUGCCUAAUUACAAUAAAAAUUUUUAAAAAAACUGCAUUUCAUGGAGGCCGUGUCUAAAAAUUUACUUAAAAUUGAGAUGUUUCUUUAAACUGUAGCGACUUAAGUUAGAUUUGAAAUCGGUCAGUGAAGAUGCUUGUCUUAGGUCUAUAGGUAAGAACUGAACUCCGCUGUUCGAAAAACUUCUCUUAAGAUAAUCAGUUCGAGGUUGUGAAAGAACCAAUUUGUGUAGACCUAACGUAUACCCUGCAUAAGUUUAAAAAGAAAACUAUCAGCUAGAGUCGACAUAGUUCCCUCUUAAAUCGCUACCACUUCACCAAGGGCUCGUCCACACUACGCAGCUGAAAACGCAUCAAAUGUUUUCG